AUGGCCUCUAAGCUGAGCGAGGAGGAAGGGGGACUUAUCCCCGGCCGAAACGCUGGCGACUUAGACAUUCCUGCUGCUGAUUUCCUACGGCAAUUAUCUCGUUCACCCCAUCCAUACCACCGAAAGGGCCUGAAAUGUGCUGAGACACCGUCGGUGUCGACAGACCACAGCGACCAACCGUCUCGGAACUUGUCACAAUGGGCCAAGACCUCCAGCGAUAGCGGGACAGAAGCGGACGAUGAGAGUACAGGCAUCUUAAAAGGCCUGCCGGCCCCACCCCCACGGCUACGCAAAGGGCUUCGAUCUAGCUGGAAUGGCGUGGAUGAUAGUGACCUGUGGUAUCCGACAUUGCGGACAUGGCCAUCAUUCGCCCGGUCGACGUCAUCGCGAAGUUCCCGAAGAAGCUCGGGAGAGGAAGCACAAGCCGAAGUUCGCAAGCUGAGAGACAAGGCUCGCAGAAAGGUUCGAAUUGAGGUGUUCCGGAGGCUGUCAGAGACCGCGUUGUUGCUCUCUGUAGGUGGUGUCGUCUUAUGGCAGGAUGGCGCCAGAGCGAUUGCCCGAGAGUGGAGAAAAGAGCUCCUUGCUCAUGCUCUUCUUGUGACUGUGCUCUAUGCGAUGUACCCUUUACACCAGACUCGGCGCCUACGGUUCUCCAAACUAUUUUCCUUCAAGGUUCCGUCGAAAUUUGAGCCCGCUCCUCUCCUCUAUCCGAUCUUGAUACCGAUCUUCGUCUCGUUGUCGUUGACACGCCAUAGACCUCCGUUAAUACUACCCAACAUCCUCCUCAGCCUCUCGUCGCUGCCUGCCCCGGUCGUUCCUCUACAUGGUUUGGUUAAUGGUCACAGCAUUUCUCAUUGGUUCAUCACCUUGAUACCCAUAUUGGUUUCGGAGCAUUGGUCCGCAGACAGUUCGACACCUACACCUCUCUCUUUUCGUGGUCUUGAUUCCGAGAUUUUGACUCUUGUUUUUCCUUUGCACCAAGCAUUGAUACCCACUCUAGAUUUCUUGUUGACUACUAGCAUCCUUCCAGCGGAAUUGCAGCUCCUGGCGACCGCAUUGAUUAAUUUGUUUCUAUUUGCGACCUCUCCACAAGCACAGAUUCUCAAGGCCCUCCUCUGGCUCGGCGGUCUCUGCGUUCUCGCCUCUUGUCGGCAUGUCCUUCGAUGGGAGGUGGCUUUGGCAAGAAUACCCACCUGGAAAUUCAGGCGAUCUCCCAGGUCAUCGCGGUCACCGAAACAUAUCUUGAAUUUGAUCGACCACAAGGUCUGUCAGAGGUUGAGUCGGGCCGCUUCGUCCGAAGAUGCCAUGUCGGAUAGCGAUUACUCACCAGGCCGUUUGCUCAAAUCACGCAAGACUAUGCAGGAAACUCAUGUCGUGAUCAAAGAACCUGUCUCCGCCGCGGAUAAUGUGACGGCAGAGGAGAUCUUUGAGCGGCAUGCUCCUGCCAUACACCGUCGGCGGCACACCAUCUCAACUUUUGCGGAAGUUGUGCUCACCGAGCGUGUCCGGACGACCCCCAGUGGCAGGCGGAAGCGAUCAAUGGCCCCAGGGCUCUCGUCAUUUCUCACAAUGACUGUACCACAGGCUCAAGUACGCAAGUGGCUCUAUGCUCUCUACGUAUAUGCUGCUGUACUAGUUAUAAUCCUCGGUCCCAUUCGAAAAUACGUUGGUGAACAAGCGUUGCAUGGAGAAGAGCCAUUUGGAUGGGCCCUUGGCUAUCUGUUCGGUAAUAUAUCGUGGUUCAGGUUCUGGGUCGUUAUGUGGAAUCUGGACCACUGGAUAUCCCUACCUGCGCGCUUGGACGAGGAGGGUCUCGACGCUUAUUGCUCGCUCGGCUGGGUUGAGCACCUUCGUCAAAGUGCUUUUGGCGAGGCGAAUACGCGCCUGAUCAUCACUGCUUAUUGUAUCCUCGUGCUUCUGACAGGUAUGGCCAUCGUCUUCAAGCUCAGUUCCAUCGCCGAAGUAGACACAAGACGCAAAGUCUUCCACGGCAUGAUGGUGGUGAUGUUCCUCCCGACGGUCUUUGUCGACCCGGCAUUCUGCGCUCUGGCUCUUGCAUUGGUCUUGUCGGUCUUUCUCCUUCUGGACCUCUUCCGAGCCUCGCAACUUCCGCCGAUAUCCCGGCCAUUGACGUAUUUCCUGGCGCCCUAUGUUGAUGGUCGUGACCAUCGGGGGCCUGUCAUCAUCUCACAUAUCUUUCUCCUCAUCGGAUGCUCCAUCCCUCUAUGGCUUUCCCUGGCUGAUGUUCCGCGGACGGGAGAUAGUCCUUGGAGCGGAUGGAAUAUCAGCUCAAGGGAUGUCAGUAUGAUCAGUGGUGUGAUCUGCGUCGGCAUGGGAGACGCGGCCGCCUCAUUGAUUGGUCGACGAUUCGGUCGGCGCAAGUGGUUCUGGGGAGGCGGAAAAUCCAUUGAGGGGAGCGUGGCCUUUGUCAUCGCCGUCCUCUGUGGGCUUUUGUUCGGGCGCAUCUGGCUCGCGGUAGGACAAUGGCCCAUGAACGGAUUGGAUGAACUAGGGCGGUAUUUCUGGCCGGUUACGGCUCUCAAAGCCAUUCUGGCCGCUGCUGCUACCAGUGCUACCGAAGCGAUUCUGACUGGAUGCAAUGAUAAUGUGGUCGUGCCGAUUAUACUGUGGUUGCUGGUCAGAGGACUUGGUCUAUGA